AUGGAAUGCGGGUACCAGUUACUUUUGCUUCUUUUUGUGACGAAAAUCUAUUUUUCUAUUGUUAUUGUCAUAACAAUUGCUUUUUCAUUCCCUUGUUACGUGAGUCAUCGGUAUGAGAGCUCGGUUCCCAUCUUUAACCCUGACCGUGCUCUAAAAAUUUAACGUAUGAUUGGCACAGUUCUUUAAUUCCGGCGGUAACGCAGGAACCGAUCGCCGUUGACAAAAAAAAAAUGAAGAAUUAGUUAUACAUUCAAUUUAUCGAAUACCUUCGUUUUUCUCUGUUGUUGCUUUCUAAACAGUUUCUUUGCAUUUCAAGAAACACUCUACUUCGUGGAAACACGCUUUCUCACACUCACAGGCACCAGGCUACUUUGCUUCAUUCUGCAAUAUUAUACAGCAAAAUUGAGAGACUGCUGAAAGUCUACCAAAAUCUGUCUAGCAGGCAGGAGCCGAGGGGAUACAAGCAAACAGGAGGAGGAGCCCGGCGGGUGGUACUAGGAACAACUUGGUCGAAUGAAACAACAACUAGUUUAAUCGAAAGAAAAUUAAAGUUUUGGUCCUGGCCUACUGAUUAUACUAGUUAGACCAAACCGAAAUAGUCCUCCGUUCCAUUUGACUUUCAACCGAAUGAAAGUGCCUUAGGAGACCCGUGCUUGUAUUUCCUUUGAAAAUUAAUUUUUUUUUUGGUUAAUAUAUCUCCUUCCAAAGAAAUGUUUAAUAGUUUUGAUACAAUUUGUGAUAGUUUGAUUUAUUAUAAAUUCGGCAUACAGUAGAGCACCGUGAAAGUAAGCCUUAUGAACUCUAAGGAAUACAAAUUAUUAAAGAAAACACCGGAAACUUGCAGUCUCUUGUCUUGUCUCUUUUUGAGGUACGUCCAAGUUUGCACGCAGUUGCAAAAUUUGCGAAAAAUUGGAGAAAUGGCAAAAAUUUGCUGUGUAUUUUUUCCCGUUUUUAGAAAGAAAUAAACUAAGACAAUAAUAAAACAAUCGACAGCCAUUUCCCGUUUUAGCCAAAAUACAGAAGCCAAUGUGGAAUCUAUAUUAUCUUUGUCGUUAACAUAGAGACAAGGCGAUCAAGGUUUUACGAAGUAAUAUAUCAAACAUGAGAUGCAGUGUUUCAUCACCAGAUGAAACACCGAGAAGAGAGUUGAAAAUACGACGCGCAGGGGAGUAUUUUUGACGAACUUCGAGGUGUUUCAUCUGGUGAUGAAACACUGUGUCGAAUGUUUGAUAUUUCUUCUCAAACAAAAUCAUUUUUGAAGGAGAAAUUAAGGAUGCAAAUACUAAGCAGUGUUUCAUCCGAUUUCCAAACACUCAUUAAACAUUAAUUUCCUUUGUAUUUUCUUAAUGAAUUAUUAAUGAGUUUGAGAAUUCUUAUUGACACAUGUGUACUAUUGUCGCGAGACUUCAAGAGAGUGCCACUCUAGCAACAAAUUAGUACGAUUCGAAUCUUCUUCAGGGAAACCUGAAAAAAUAUCAAACGAUGAACAUUCGGAAUAAAAGUGUGUAUGUCACAGCCGAUAUUUCAAUGUUAUCUCUAGAAGGGAACUCAGUUUCAUCAGAGCGUUAUUGUAGCAAUUCUGCACUACUCAGCAAAAUCUAGUUUUAGCUCUUUUGUGUCUUUCAAAACUCCGCGGCUGAAAUAUGUGUAUUAUUCAAAUGCAAAAUAGCAGGUAGUGACAUGUGUACAAAUAAUGGAACUUCAAUAGAACACGUGCUCUUCUGUACGUGUCUCUUUGUUAGACAAGAACUAUUUUACAUUUCAAAGGAACAACUGUUGUGCUCUAUUCAUUCAGCUUGAUUUACAACAUGUGUUUUUCUAAAAGUCCAGGAACCGAAAUAGGAAGUAUUGUAUUUUCACCAUAAAGGAAAAGUCUUUUAACCAAUCGAAUUGUAAUGCGUUGAUCAGCUAGCACGUGUAUUUUUGAAUAGUUUGUGAUAAUCGAACACCUGCAUGUGUUUACUGUAGACUGUAUAAAAGUAGCGCUUAAACUGUUGUCAAUUACCUAGCCUGCGAUUUCCUGCGAUGAUUACCUACGAUUACAUGUGAAGUGCUAUCUACGAGGUUUACUCUACCAUAAAGAAGUUGCAGCAUUACAGAAAAGUCUCAGUUCUUGUCCAAUCUUCGUACCUUGGGACGUGGAAACUAGACGCUGUAGCUCUGGCAGUAGUAAUGAGUGCCAGCAGCGAGCCAGUCCCUCUACCGAAUUACAGUUUCCCCAAUCAAUAACUUCCAUCAUUAUAUGGCUGAGUCUGUUUUCGCCAUGCGAUUGGUCAAUUUGCGGUCCGUAACUUGCUAUACGAGCCAAAAUUUUUAAAGAAAAUGCUCAUUUCGGAGAUCUAAAUCUCUUUAGCUCGGAAAAAAGGUGUAAAUAAAGUUAUAUUAUAAGACGCCUGUCAACCUUGAGGACUUGGAUGUUGACUUUGGCCUUCAUCAUUUUAAACGGUGUUUAUUUGUAAACGAAGGCGAUGAAGAAACUAACUCGUAAUCUUAUCGAAGAGGAUUCUAGUCAGUGUUUGACAAUUUUAUCGCAGUACACAGCUAAGAAGACGAAAAUCGACUGGCAGAGAUUCGAGAUGUUUUGCCUAAGAGAAAAAGUGAGUAAUUCCUUCGACAAAUAUGAUAACAAACAUACCUGCACCCGAUCAUCUUGACAAGUUUCUUAGCCAUUUGCCGUGUUUUUUCAAAGACCAACGAAAGAAAGAUAGAAGCGAGUUCGAGCCAGACACAAUAUCCAGUUUUCAACAGACUCCAGCGUCACACUAACGAGAGAAUACUUACAGCGCUCUUAGUUUUGACCGAUAUUUGACGACAUCAAAUUGUAAAGUCCAAAUAGCGAGGUUUUACGAAUUCUUAUUUACACUAGGUUGAAGAUAAACAGCAAAAAAAUCUUUGUACAAAUUUUCAGUCCCGUAACAUGUUUCAUUUCGAAAAUACAGCAAUUUGAACUUCCAAGUUUUUACAGUGCAUGACACCAAAAUAGGAACGUUGUCUCGUUGAAAAAAGUCUCUCCUCUUGAUUUUCAGCAGUGUAGCCAUUUCAAGUCUUAGAAGAUAUGUUUAUAUGCUUGUAUGCUAGUUCUCGAGUAAAAAGAAAGAGUUUUUAUAGAAAAAGUGCACUCUAGGUGUUUUUGUUGAUUUCCGGCGGCCAUAUUGGUGCACCAAAACGGUACACCAAUAUGGCGUCUCCACACAAACCUCUACAAAGGUGCGUGAAACGUUUCGGUAAAUAACUCAGAAACUGUGGGCCACAAAGAACUGAGACUUGGACAAAUUGUUCAUAUAUUAGGCUUUUAUAACAUUUCAUUUUGUUGGUUUCUUUCAAUGGACGGUUUCCAAUUUAUUUUUUUGUUGCUAAACGAUGAAAACGUAUACUUACCUGCGUCCGACGGUGCGCUCAUUUACCCCUCACCCCCCCUCCCCACUUCCACCCAUAUCAGUGCUCCGUUUAACGGUUAUCUAAAACUAUAACUACUUUUCAAGCUAAACAGAAGGGGAAAAAGUAGGCAAAACAAGGAUUUGAGGUCACACACUGGGAGUCGAACUCGGAACCUCUCCUCUAGCUUGCACAGAAUUAAAAGGCCGCGCGCUUACCAACACUUUGCCAAUCCUUGCUUCAUGGAUUCCUUUUUUUGUAACACAGCUUAUUGAAAUCCACUGAUCUGCAUAAAUGUAGUUUGAUUUCUUACCGAUAGAUUUUAUUGGAGUGACGAACAAACGCAAUAUUUUUUUCUUCUACACUGAAAUGGUCGAAAACACCGCACCGGGUUCCAAACACAUUGCCUCUCCACCUUUUUAUUAAUUAUGAAUUAUCUCAACGGGUAACGAACUCCAGCCGAAAAUAUUUAAAAACAUCAAUUAUUCAAUAAUGUCUCCAUUACUCACUCCCUCACUCCCGUCCUUUCGUGGCUGAGACACUUAUAAUCCUUCACAGAGGUUGAUCAUUUAUUUCUAUACUGAACAUAUACUAUAGUAUCGUUGUAGGUUAGUGGCGAGGUCUUCAGAUGGCCCCAGCUAGGUGGCCGGCCACUGUGUAAGUCUGUCUAACGCAUUUUCUAUCUCACUCGUUAUUAUUCUUGUUAGCCUUCUUGUUAUGUUCAUUUUUUCUAGGAUUCCGACUUGAACCUUUGAUCGCGCGCAAAACCAAAUAGGUUUUCAGUUUUUAGCAUUAUUCGGAUAAAAACAGUUCUUUUUUGAUAUAAUUCUAGAUAUUGACGGUUUCGAACUGGUCUAAUUGUCAUCCAUUCACGGUGUUUCGAUUUAGAAUGAGCAUUAGCGCUGGCGUUUUUAGGUAACUCUUGCAUUGUUAAUGACAUGUCUUUUGGCCUUCGCAGAGCAUUGAUGUAAGACAGCGAGAGUUUUACGUGCACUGUACUUUCAAGCAAGAAGGAAUAAAAUGACAAAACAGAAAAAGGGGAGAGAGACCCCUUCAAUAACGAUAGAACUGAUAGUGGAUUAAAUUCAACAAACACUCCACAACGCUUUACGGUAACAAGUCAUAAAAGAAAACCUUCAAAAAUGCCUCAAUUUAUGGCGAACUGCAGCAUAGCAAAUGAAUCAGAUUUCAACUCAACAGACGAAAGGGCGAUGACAUUUGAUGAGGCCUUUAUACUCUCUCUUCAGGUCUUUAUCGCACUGUUUGGAGUUAUUGGUAACAUUCUAGUGAUCACGGUCAUAACCAAGAUGGGAAAGAAGAAACAAGGAGAUUUAUAUCUACUAAAUUUAGCCAUUGCAGAUCUCGGCACGCUGCUACUAACAUUUCCAUCCAUGGUAGUUAGGGAGAAGUUACCUUGGAAAUGGCCAUUUGGUGAGUUUAUUUGCUUGUAUGUGCAUCCUGUCCCGGAAAUAUUCUAUGGAGCCUCUGUAUGGUGCAUAGCUGUGGUCGCUAUAGAUCGAUACCGGAAAAUAGUCACAUCGAAAACGUCAAGUCGAAUGAGCAGUGCCUUCUCAUUACGAACAGCUAAGAUUGUUGCAGCUUGUUUGUGGAUGGCAUCAUUUUUGGUCUUCUGUCUUCCGCUUUACUUUGUCAUAAAAUAUCACGAAGAGCCAGGUGGAAAGUUAGCCUGGUGCAACCCAAUGAUGUCUUUCACUUUUAGCGGCGUCUACAUGGGCGUUUUGACCUUUUUUUCUUACAUUUUACCCUUGACCGUAAUAACCUUCACCUACAUCGUUAUAUCACGGGUAAUAAAUCGGAGCAGUGCCUUCAUCAAACUAAUGAAGAACGAAGGUUACGCAGAUGAUGAACAACGUCUCUCCAAAAUUAAGAGCGUUCGCCUCAGACAAAACGAACGCGCCAAGAAAAUUCUUACGCCACUCGUUUUGACUUUCGCCGUCACAAUGCUUCCCUUGAAUAUUUUUCGUCUCGUCUUGGCGUGGAAGCCAGCACUGGUCGAACAACAUGUUAAAUUGAUAUUGAACGUGGUGACAGUUUUUGUUUUGAUUAAUUCAUCGGUAAAUCCCGUGAUUUAUUCUGUUGUGAGCAAAGAAUUUCGGAAGUUGCUGGCUAAUCUAUGUCUCAGAGGACGUGAAAGAACGUUUUCUCUUCCUUUGCCUCUAAUUCAAUCAUCACACCGACGCAAAUCAGCGGUUUAGUAAGGGUACCUACAGGAACCUGAACGCAUGCGGAGUUCAUUUUGUAUAGCAGUUUAAUUUCGGUAGCAUUUUUUUUUUCUAGAGGCACUUUAAUUGACUGAGAAGUGUCCUUAAAGACCAUUAGCUUAAUUCUCGCAGACCCAGCUCACCCCCAGCUUCGUCGUCCCUGAUGCAAACUAUGACGCUUUCUGAACUGAACAUGAAAAAGGACGCAACUAUUCAGUGAGCCCUUUUUUUUGUUGUUUUUCUUGUUUUUUUUUUCAGCAGGAUGGAUAGUAAAAUUAUACUGGACCUUAUUCUAUUUAGCAUGAUAAAAAUCUAAGGCUAAAAGUUUGCGAGGCAGCUAACAGGCGAAUUUUUGUUUACAUUUUUUCCCUCUUUAAAACAUACGCCACUUAUUUUGUAAAAGAGUUACAAAUCAGUGUACAAAGUUGGUAUAAGCUAACAAACUACAUGGUAUGAUACGCUAACAAUUUUGGCACAAAGUAGUUUUUCUCUUUUUUUUUCAGUUUUUUGAUGAUUGAUAUUUCAUUUAAGUAAUACUUAUAGGUUAGGUGAGGUUACGCCUUUAUUUUUAGAGGGUAAACACGUGACGGUUAUGAUAACAGUGAUAAACUUGUGGCCCCUUCUAAAACAAAUAAAAUAAAAUAUUACAAUAAUGUUGUGUCAUUAAUCAACAUUAAUCGACACAAUUAAAAACAAGCAAAAAUAGUAAGCAAAACUAACCAGAGUCUUAUUUCAAAUUUUUCAUUAUUUUCAAAGACUAUAUUAAACUAUCUAAAACAAGUAAAAGUAAAAUGAAAAUUUUACUUACUGUCUUUUACUAAUUUACACAGGCACAGUACUUGAGAGCCCUUUGGAAAGGGUACUAGACUGUUUACACGUUGUUUUCUUCGAGACCGGUAACGAUAGAGCCCGCGAUAAUUAAAUAAAACUGCUUCGAUUAGUUGUUCACAUGCGCUUAUAUAUACAGUAGACUGUAUCUCCGACAAUCAUGGAUGCAGGUUUACAAGCACUUUUCUGGUUUCUUCUAAAGAAGAGAACACGAAAUUCACGUUUGACAGCGCGUGCGAUUCGUCAAAGAAGUUCUUCUGAGAAAAUGUACCGAAUUAGGAGAAAAACAAGGCUUACGGUUCUCCUAUUAACGGCCCUUGUAUCGCACUUCACAGUCGAAAGGAGCUUCCGACAAAUUCUAAGAACAAGCGCUUGGUUUGAUCUUACACACAGCACUUACUCUGACGAUCAGUGGUAUGCUAGCUUUCGAGUGUCGAAGAAUACUUUCCAGUUUCUUCUUCUAAUACGCAUGUGACGUACGCUAAACAACUGACGUGGAGCACCACGGGCUCUUAAAAACGUAACAGAACGGUACCGAAAAAAGUGCGAGCGUUUACACGUUGAAAAGAAAACAAAAAUGUGGGUACGGAACCGUUUUUUAUCGGUUCCGUUGCGAAAGGGGUCCAUAGCCGCCUAUGAACCUUUUUAGGAACGGAACGGAUACAACUGGAACGGGUCAAGUACCGUUUACACGUCGAAUUUUGUCGGAGCCGUUCGUCUUUUUAUCCGGGCCGUUCCAAUUUCUUCGCUCGUGCAAACGGGCCUUAACACAUUAAAGUCAAUAUUUACAAGUUGUUGCAUUUUGCUGUUUAAACCGUAUGGCAAGGAAGUAAUCAAGCUCGAGCUCCGUCAUUGGAAACUGGGUCGAGUUACCUUUCGCAAAGACUUCUGGGACUGCUACUAAGGACAGGGAAUAAUAGUUCUCUCUUCUUCUUUUUUUUUUUUUUUUUACACUGACUUUGCACUUCUUUUACAACCUUCAAUUUGUUCUAAUUUUUUAUCAGUUUAUUCAACGUUUUCUUACAGAAAAGGUCCCUUUCAUUUGCCUGCUUAUUAUUUGAUGUGUUUUUCUUACUUACAAUUCGUUGCUUCCGGAUUUAACAUAUCGUUUGCAAAGCCUUUCCAAUAGUCAUGAUCGGGGAUAUAAGUCACUUGAUAACUAAAGACAACUACCAAUUAAGUAACGUUCAGAAAAAUAAACUCAAUUUUCCAAAGUUUCUUUUUUCUAAGUUACGCAGAUCUCUUACUAACACUAAAGUUUGGAAACAAACUACAUCAUUUGGGAACAGAAGACUCCGAUUCUUAUUCAGAAAAUGUAAAAACAAGAUAAAUAGAAAGGGCAAAGGUUUCUUCUUCUUAAUUAGUUGGUUCGUGAAAACUGAGCCAUUAAGUCAUCAUAAAGUUAAUCCAGGCUAAAUCAAAUAAGUUUGUUUGUUGAAAAGUAGAAAUGGCUAUUUAAAAGAUAAAUGUUUACCGCAAAGAGUGACCAAAGAGGGUCGAGGAAGGAGUUAACGUCAACUUUGGAGACAAAAAGUCCGAAACUUAUAUUAACCCCAUUUUAUUUAUAACCCACGAAAGGAGAAAUUCUUAUUUUCCUGAAGACCGAUAAAAUUUGCGAAGAACAUGACAAACAGUUUGGGCUUCGGCCUAUAAAACUAAUCUCCGCCGCCUUGUUAUCCUGCAAAAGCGCAUUAUUAGAAUUAUUAAUAAAUCUCAUUUAAUUGGUCAUACAGACCCCAUCUUUAAGGACCUCGGUAUACUAAAAUUUAAUGAUAUCCAUUUGCUUCAACUGGGCCAGUUUAUGUAUUCUUGCAAAAAUUCAUUCUUACCUCCAAAGUUUAAUAACAAUUUCUCUCAAAGCACUCAAUUCCACUCUUACAAUAAAGAAAUUUCCGGGCCUAACGUCUACCGUAUUGUCGCACAAACACUAAGAAGUUCUCGCACUUUUUUCAAGGGCCUCAGCUUUUUAAUUCACUUGACAACGAGGUCGUCAACUCUUAAUCCCUUUCCUCUUUUAAGAAAAAACUGAAGAUUAAAUUAUUGAGUACGUAUGAGAACAGUUCAUAAAUCUUUCCAUCUUCGACUUUUCGCCAUCUUUUCUUCAAUUGAUGUGAAACAGCUCUAGCCCGUAGUUCGCGGAGGCCUAACCUCUCAUAAGCUCCUAUAGUUUCUGUUAGGUCUCCUCGCCACUUCUUUUUUUUUUUUUUUUUUUUUUUUUUUUUUUUCCUUUUAUAUUUUUGUAAUUAUUGUGUGGCAAAUAAAAAUGAAAUAAAAAUAAGUAAAUAAGUGUCGUCCUUGGUUAGUGCGUUAAUUUACAAUCUCUUGCGUGAUAUGGAAAGCCGGGCACGCUUUUCUAUUCUUUUUAGUGACAGGUGCAUUGCAGUAAAUUGAUUAUUUAUCAGGUGUCAGGCCAAGUUUCAACUUGAUUAGACAAAUUAAAGCUAAUGCAUGAAUAAUGAUCUUCCUCAUGUUUACCACAUUUAUAAUGAUGAGUAAAUUUAGCUUAAUAUAUUAUUUUAAUAAAAACACAAAUGUAUUUCAAACAUCAUAACAAAAAAAACGAUUUAUCGACCUAUCAUCAAACUUCAUUAAAUUUGAAGAAAUUUUGGGGAUAAGUUUCUGUGAAAUUCUGUACUAUAUUGCAAGUAUUCUCAGUAAAAUAAAUAACAUUUAAUUCAGUUGGCAAGUGUCCCGGUCGCCCCUUUUUGAAUUUUCUGGAUCCGUCUUGGUCUUCUGGCAGCAUUGUGACAAAUAUAUGUUACAGAUUUUGCCAUUUAUUCCUGCUUUACCAAAGGGGGAAGGUUGGUUUAGUUAGGGGAGGGGGGAUAAGAUGGCAAGGGCCAGAACGAAAACAUAUCCCCUUUGCCGGCCUCCGACAAUUUUUAUGAGUUCACGUAACAUAAAACGAAGAAAACAUGCAUUCUUAAUUUUAUACUUGUGUUGAGAGGUGCAAAUCUUACUAUUUUGGUCUUCCUAAAUUCUCAGCACACUUGAUAUUUUCUAGGUUCGCAUGUUUAUUUUCCAUUCUAAAUAUAUAGUCUAUAGUAAGAGAUGUCGAGAAAACUUGUAGUUUCUGGGACAACUGCGUUUGUUGAGACCACCAAAAAUAGCCCAAUUCAGAGAUCUAGUUUCCCGGUUUGUUUGCGCAAUAAGACUUGAAAGCAGAAUUCUGAUGUUUUUAGUUAGGCUUCCCUUCACUUGUCUCGUACAAAGUUCAACGACGGUUAAUACAACAUGUGAAAUCUUCUUUCAAUACAAAGUGUUGGGGUUAAUAAAACCGCUAGAACAAUGUCAGUUAUUUCAGAGUGCGACAGGUGUUAUUUGCAAAGAGCUACAAGCACUAAAAGUAAAGGCAAUUUAGUGCGAUAGAUACCGCAAAGUUCUACUUACAAAGUGUUAGAUAACAAGGAGCUGCGUUUGAAUCUACGCCAGAGGCGCAAAACCUAUCUAUUAUUAUUGGGCGUAUAGUAUUGCAUAGUGUACAUUUUCAUCUCUCAGUCUAAAAUUACGUGUCACGAGGGACGUAUAGAGGACACGUGGAGGGUAUAUAUUCGGAACAGCACGUUCUAUUUACA